GCACAGACAUCCUCAGGAAACAGAUAGAAAACAAUGAGAUGAAUUAUGACUUCAGUCACGUGACAGGCUUGGCCAAUCAUCAGCCUUAUAGAUCUAAAUCUCUCAACACGAACAGCCGGUACAACCAUGAGGGACCCGACUCUAACGCAGCUUCAUCAUUGGCUGCUCUUCAAGGUGAUGGCCACAACCGCAUGGCCAAUGACUACAGCCAUAAUCAACUUCUCAACGUGAUGACCGAUGGACCAGGUGGUCCUGGUACUGACCAGAUGCAGGCUUUAAAUGUCAACCAGCACUCACGGAGUCCCUCACUCAAAGUUCGUCGCUACAGCUUUUUGGCGGGUUCACGAAGGGGAAGAGGAUUUAGCGAAGUUUUCGACUCAACUAUUUUAAACGACCACUUUGAUCAGUACACAGCCAAUGAAAACAACGCAGGAUGUGAUGGACUAGGAACAAAUGUUAAUUCUCUCACCAACAGUAGCAGCAAUCCCCAUAGCAACACCAACCACAACCCCUUCGCAAGACAGCCUCCUGCCAACCCAUCACCUGACUCGGGUGUUUCAGAAAGCAUGGACGAUGACUCCAGUAAAAUGCGCUCCCUGCAACGCAGGCGAACCAUGCCUUGCAUCCUUGAUACCUCUGACAGCACCAAAGAGACACACCUGCCCACUGCCAAGCAGCUCUUGGUGGAGCAUGAAACGGCACACAGCAGUGACAACCUGACAACUAAAGUGCCGGAAACUUUCCUCAUUGAGAACGGCAUACGUAAAAGGAUUCAGGCUGAGGUUCAUUUGCAGUCCGGGAAAGAACACGGUCAGUUUCCUACGGAAUAUAAAUUUGUGGAUGAUCACAAAUUGCCAGGUGGUAGUGGAGUGGAUAAGCGUGGCAGUCUUCCAGACUUGAAAACAAUGAAAUCAGUGAAACCUUUGUCUCGGAGAGAGGCCUACCAGUUGAGCAGUGCUAGGAGAGAGGAAAUACGACGUUUGCAAGACCUGGCAGAGAGAAGGCGACAGGGAGACAUGUCGGUGAUAUUAGGAGAUGUCAGA